AUGAAACCUGCUAAACUUAUUCGUUACUUGGAAUCAAAGCAUAAAGAAUUUAAUAACAAACCUAUAGAUUUUUUUAUUCGAAAAGGUAAAGAGUUAACGGCUCAAAAAAAAGUUAUGUCUGCAACUUCUAAGGUUGAUUACUCAUUAGUUAAAGCAUCUUAUCUGGUAGCAUUUCGUAUAGCCAAAUGCAAAAAAUCGUAUAAUAUCGGGGAAACUUUAAUUAAACCUUGUUUACUUGAUGUUACUAGUGAACUUUUAGGGCCUUCCGCUGCUAAAAAAAUGAAUGAUUUACCUUUGUCUAAUGACACGAUUUCUAAAAGAAUAAUUGAUAUUUCUGUAGAUAUCGAAGAACAAAUUAUAGAUAAAAUUAAAUUAUCGAAAUGGUUUUCAAUACAACUUGACGAAUCAACUGAUGUAUCUCAAAAAGCAAUUUUGCUAUGUUACGUGCGAUUUAUUGAUUUUCAAACAUCAGAAAUGUGUGAAGAUUUAUUGUGUUGUUGUGAAUUACCUUCACAUACUACAGGGAGUGAAGUAUUUAAACGAUUAAAUGAGUAUCUAAAAAAAAACCAACUAAACUGGGAAAAUUGUGUGUCUGUGUGCACGGAUGGUGCCGCAAAAACUAAUGAGUUAAAGAUCGAUAGUAAUAUCAAAAUUACUAUCGAAAAUCAUUUGCAAUCAUUGUAUGAUACGUUUGAAGAUUAUUAUCCAGUGAAUCAAGAUCCACGAGACGGAUAUUUGUGGGUACAAAAUCCAUUUUUAACAAACUCUCAACAUAAAUUGUGUUUAAAAGAACAAGAACUUUUGUUAGAGAUAUCAUCAGAUAUUGGUCUACAAUCUAAAUUUAAAACAAUGUCUGUAACCAAAUUUUGGAUUGAACUCAAGGACGAGUAUUACGUGCUUUUCGAAAAAGCAAUGAAAAUUCUUCUUCCAUUUUCUUCGACAUAUCUAUGUGAAGCUGGAUUUUCUGGAAUGACCCAUAUAAAAACCAAAACUAGAAAUAGGCUCGAUGCCACACAUAGUUUACGUGUAUCUUUGACAACUACAGUGGAACCAAGAUUUGAUAAAAUUGUUAAAACAAAACAAGCACAACGCUCUCAUUAA